AUGCAGUGUGUCUCCCGCGUGCCCGCGCGGCCCACCGCCGCGGCCGUCCGCGGCCGCGGUAGAGCCGCGCCGCGCCGUCAGUUGGCGACGCCUCUCCGCGCCCUCUCCGAGCGCGACGCGUCGUCCGCGCUCUCCGUGGACGUCCAGGAGCGCUUCCAGGCGGCUGUGGAGGCCGUGCGGAGCGGGCGGCCCGUGAUCAUCCUCGACGACGCCGGGCGCGAGGGCGAGACUGACAUGUUCUUUGCGGGACUCCACGCGACGCCAGCGGCGCUCCGGACCCUGCGGACACAGGCAGGCGGCGAGAUGUACGUCGCCAUCUCCCGCGACUGCGCCGCGUCCUUCGGAUUGCCCCUCGCCGGCGCCGUUUUCCGGGCCGCUGCUCCCCAGUUCGAGGUUCUCGGGCACCUGGGGAAGUCGACCGGAGACAUGUGUCAAGGCGACUGCUCGGUGGGCAUCUCUUUCGAUCACCGGACGACGAAGACGGGCGCCCCGGACGACCAGCGGUCGUACACGAUCUCGCGGUUCUCGCAGCUCGCGGCGGAGGUCGCGGAGAGCGGCGCGUCGGUCGCGGACGCCGCGCGGCAGCUCGGGGAGGAGUUUCACUCCCCCGGGCACGUGUUUUGGUGUCAGGAGGGGCAGGACGGGCUCGCGGCGCGCCGGGGCCACACCGAGCUGUCCGUGGCGCUCGCGCGCGCCGCGGAGCUGCCCGCGGAGGCCAUGGUCGGCUGCGUGAUGCUGUGCAACGACGAGGGGGACAACUACGGGCCGCUGCCGCCGGACGCGGCGAUGGCGUGGGGCGCGGCGCACGGCGUGCCGUUCCUGACGGGGCCGGAGAUCGCGGCGGUGCUGGGCUUCGAGUGA